AUGGUCAUCACCGUCGCCCUUGUCUCCGCCGUUAGCUGGGUGGUUCGCUAUCGCAUACUCAACAUGUACUCGCGAUUACCCCCAGAGCCUCAACGCAAGGAACCGGAAAUUGAUCUGUUUCCUGACACACAUGACGAGGGUGUCAAGUCAGGACUUUCAAGCUACCUGGACGAGUUUCUGAGCGCUAUCAAGAUAUUCGGUUAUCUCGAGCGUCCUGUCUUCCACGAGUUGACUCGAAGCAUGCAAACCCGGAAACUCAUCGCUGGUGAAACUUUUAACCUCGAAGAGGAGAAAGGUUUCUGCAUUGUGGUCGAUGGGAUGGUGGAAAUCUUUGUCAAGUCUGGGAGGUCCUUUGGCUCCCCAGAAGCGAGCGCUAAUUUUCAAGGCGACCUAUUAGAUGGAGAAGACGAUGCUUUGCCCCAUGGUGAGCAAUACCAGCUGCUUACGGAGGUCAAGAAUGGGGCACCCAUGUCGUCCUUAUUCUCCAUCAUGUCCCUUUUUACCGAGGACAUUAAACUCACGUCAACAGAGGCUGAAACCCCCGAAAGAAGCACUGCUUCCAGCGCCAAUUUCCGAUUUGCUGGGGCCGCCCGAACUUCCGUCUCGCGGCAUGUCUCCCAGGAUGCCGCCGCGUCAAUGCCUGGCACGCCGCGAUUUGUUGACGUGGCUGAAAACAACAACGACCGUGUACAUGAAGACUUGUCGCGCCCGUCCUAUACAAUCCCUAGCUCGAACCAGGCUGCAAUUCCUCCGAUUUCGCUCGAUGGGUCAGAGCCCAAGCGGACAGCAGUCCGCCCUACACUCCCAGGCAGAGCCGCUUCGACAUCGGCCCAUCCAGAUAUCAUCGCUCGGGCCACAGUCGACACGACGAUUGCCAUAAUUCCUGCCAGCGCUUUUCGACGACUUACCAAAGUGUAUCCAAAAGCCACAUCGCACAUAGUUCAUGUCAUUCUAUCCCGCUUCCAGCGAGUGACACUUGCCACGGCAUACAGAUACCUUGGGUUGACGUCCGAGGUGUUGUUGACCGAGAAGAGCAUGAAUAGAUAUACAACGUGGCAGCUUCCUAACAUGCUUCGGGGCGAUGCACUGCUACGCCUCAAGGAAAAAUUUGGCCGCGAGCGUCAGCGCGCUGGGGAAGAUACGGAAACCAAGGGCAUCGCGCUACACAAUGCGAAUGCCCAUCGACGCCGAAAGUCAAGUGUCAUGCUGCGCAAAGAUGCUGUUUUGCAUUCAAUGUCCAAGCAAACUUCCUACGUCGCCACAACUAUCGCACCCCCAGGAGAGAGACUGGCUACUCAGACGCCCAGUCCCGGAGACUUAUUGGCCACUACGAACAUGGCUCGAGAAGUCCCUGGUCACAAUUUCACAGACUCACCUAUUGAGCAUGUUGCAGAGGUCAUGCGUCUGGAUCAAACCAGCCCCUUGGCACAGCGAACUUUCAACCCUUUCGCUAGUGUCAACACUUCGCGCGUGUCACUCGACCCCCGAGACGCCGCCGAUGAGGACAAUCUCUUCCGGACCUCGAUCCUUGAAUGCAUGUUUCGAGCGAUCGGCCUGGGCGUCGGCGGCACUGUUUCGCGGGAACCUGAAUCCAUGGAGGGAUCACCUAGGCUAUUUUCGUAUGAUCAGCGACGCCACAAAGCUAUGUUUGGAAAUCACAAUGCCUUUGGCAUCAUGGACCCCUUCGACGGCUCGGUUGAUGGCGAUACCGAGUCAUUGACAUCUGGUGGCCUUGCCCUGAAUACUCCCCCAAGCGCCCAAUCACUAGCCAAUGAUUUGCGUGAUGACGUCGAGAUUGUUUUCUUUCCCCAAGGCUCAGUUCUCGUUGAGCAAGCGAACGCAACCCCGGACUUACUACGUUAUCGACGGCUUCCUCGAUAUCUGCACCACCAUCAUGGCAGGGACAAUGCUCAAGACAAGCGCAAGAAGUCUGUGCGUCGCAGUGUAUCCUUGAUCAAACCGGGUGGCCUUGCAGGCUACAUUGGCGCAUUAUCUUCGUACCGUUCAUUCAUCGAUGUCGUUGCGAAGACUGAUGUCUACGUUGGUUUCUUACCCCGUGCGUCCCUUGAAAGGAUUGUAGAUCGGUACCCUAUCAUCCUUUUGACGAUGGCCAAGAGGCUGACAAGUCUUUUGCCGCGCCUUCUCCUUCACAUCGACUUUGCUCUGGAUUGGGAUCAGGUCAGCGCUGGCCAAGUCAUAUUUCACGACAGCGACGAGAGUGAAGCUAUCUACAUUGUCUUGAAUGGACGUCUUCGUCUCGUCGAAGACCGCGAAGGCGGUGGCAUGACUGUACGAGCCGAGUUUGGCCAGGGCGACAGCGUAGGUGAGCUGGAAGUACUUACCGAGUCGGCCCGCACCGGAACUUUACAUGCCAUUCGAGACACAGAGCUUGUAAGAUUUCCGCGAACGCUUUUCAACAGCCUAGCUCAAGAGCACCCGAACAUCACUAUCAAGAUAUCAAAGAUCAUUGCUGCCCGCAUGCGCAGUUUGGUAGAUGAUCCAGCCCAGCUAAUGGCAAAUGAAGCUGGGCUCUCUGCGUUAGGCAAAGGCUCGUCGGCGCUCAACUUGCGGACAGUAGCUGUGCUUCCUGUGACCGCAGGCGUACCAGUUGUUGAGUUUGGCCAUCGUUUGUUGAAUGCUUUGGUGCAAGUCGGCCCAGUCAACGGCGCGAUUUCAUUGAACCAGUCCGCGAUUCUCAACCACCUUGGCAAGCACGCUUUCAAUAAAAUGGGCAAGCUGAAGCUAUCCCAAUACCUCGCGGAUCUGGAGGAAAAGUACGGCCUUGUGGUCUACGUCGCAGACACAAACGUCAAUUCGCCCUGGACGCAGACUUGUAUCGCACAAGCCGAUUCUAUACUGCUGGUGGGCUUGGGCGAGGGCUCCCCUGAGAUUGGUGAGUACGAGCGCUUCAUGCUGGGCAUGAAGUCAACCGCGCGCAAGAUCCUGGUUCUGCUCCACGCAGAGCGGUAUUCGUCACCUGGUCUGACCAGGUCCUGGCUUCGAAACCGAAUGUGGAUUAAUGGCGGUCACUAUCACCUGCAAAUGGCUUUUAGAACCAACAUGAUGCCAUCCCACCCCCCUUCUAAGAGAUCAAACACGACACUGAAGGAGCGUGUCCAGAUCUUGCAGGCUGAGAUCCAGAAAUACACCUCGAGAAAGGUUCGACACACACCCUACUACUCGCCUGAUGCACCGUUCAAGGGCGAUUUUCAUCGUCUGGCCCGACGAUUAUGUGGCAAGUCGGUGGGUCUCGUGCUCGGAGGUGGUGGCGCUCGAGGCAUCACUCAGAUCGGCAUCAUCCAGGCUAUGGAGGAAGCUGGCAUUCCCAUUGAUGUUGUGGGUGGAACAUCAAUGGGAUCGUUUGUUGGUGCCCUCUACGCAAGGCACGCAGACAUCGUGCCCAUUUUCGGCUUGGCGAAGAAAUUCUCAGGCCGGAUGGCUAGUAUGUGGCGCUUCGCGCUUGACUUGACUUACCCGACAUCCUCAUACACCACUGGGCACGAAUUCAACCGCGGGAUUUUCAAGACUUUUGGCAAGGCCCAGAUUGAAGACUUCUGGCUCGAAUUCUACUGCAAUACCACCAACAUCAGCAAGAGCCGGGCGGAGUAUCAUACCAGUGGGUACGCCUGGCGGUACAUUCGAGCGUCCAUGUCUCUGGCGGGGUUACUUCCUCCCCUAUCAGACGAAGGAAGCAUGCUAUUGGAUGGUGGCUAUAUCGACAACCUUACGGUAUCUCACAUGAAGAGACUAGGCGUUGAUACGAUCUUUGCCGUCGAUGUCGGCUCGUUGGAUGACGAUACCCCCCAGAGCUAUGGCGACUCUCUUUCAGGAGUUUGGGCGUUUUUUAAUAGGUGGAAUCCCUUCUCAACAACGCCCAACCCGCCUACUCUGGCGGAAAUUCAGGCUCGAUUAGCGUACGUGUCCAGUGUAGACGCCCUGGAGCGUGCCAAAGCCAUGCCUGGAUGCUUAUACAUGCGACCUCCCAUCGACGAUUAUGGCACGCUCGACUUUGGGAAGUUCGAUGAGAUUUACCAGGUGGGCUACAAAUAUGGCCAAGAGUUCUUACAGAAGAUGAAGGACGAUGGUGUCUUGCCGCUGGUCGAAGAGACGGAAGCCAAGAAAGCAUUGCGCAGGACAAUGGCACCUCGCCGCGCCAGUAUUUAGAAAGCCUCGCAUUGCCGCUCGGCAGAUACAUCGU